AUCGCGAUCAGCGGGGAGGAACAAUGUACGCCAAGUGACACGGAGUGUCUGUUGGCAGCCGGAGCAUGGCGUACACGUGGAAGGGAGGUAGAGCGCAUCAUUAACUAUUCCCAGGAGUGGCGGGUCCCACCCUCCACUUCCAAGUCCACAGUCGAGGAGUCCACGCCACCCUGCCUCGCUGCCGUUGAGCCGGAGCUUCUUCUCCCUCACCGUCGGCGCCCCGGCCCCCCGGCUGCCGCCCGUUUCAAUGGAGGGGGUUGGCAUUGGCGGCAGCCCGCGCCCGCUGGCCCUACCACCUCCCGCCAAGGACGUCGACGAGGUGGCACUGGCGCUCACCAAGCGCGCGCGCAAGAGGAGCAGGUACCUCUCCCCUCCCUACACCGACACGGAUGUCCGGGAGGAGGAGGUCGCCGGGGAGGGGCCGCCGCCCAAUGUCUCCGCCGCGGAGGCGCUGUCCGCUGUCCUAACCGCCGCGCUUCGGCAGGAGCAGGGGCAGGGGGUGGAUCCGGAGGCCCUCCGCUUCCUGACCCUGUACAGGAACAGGAACAGGGCCACCACCCUCACCUUCGACACUCACCCCGGUUCCCGUGCCGCCGCCGGCGGUGGUAGCAACAAGCCCCCAUCACCUGCUGCUGCUGGUGGUGGCGGCGGCGGCCACACGAUGGCCAACCUCAGUGCAGGCCCUGCCAUGCCCAGGCCUGGUGAUGGAUCCCCAGCCCCAGCCAAGACGAAGAAGAAUCCCCAAGCUCCUCCUGCCGUUGGAAAAACUGCCGAUGGACAGAUUCGGGCACCCAAAUCGGCUGGUUUUGCUGUCAAUGCAGCAAAUGGUCUCGCUAAUCCUUCUCCGCCAGCGAAGAAGAAGAAGUACAAGAAAAGGAUGAGGAGCGCUGGGCACGAGCAGCAGCACUUCGGGAACCCCGUGGCACUUGUCCUCGACUUCGCAGCGGGAACUCCUCUGCCCUCCAAGGAGGACCUCGUCUCCACGUUCCGCAGGUUCGGCUCCGUGAUCGACUCCGAGACCGCCAUUGCCCAGGACAAGCACAGCGCGCGCGUGGCGUUCGCCACCAGGGCUGAAGCGGAGGCCGCCUUCAGCUGCGCGGGAGCUCUCGGCGCGUUCGGACCUCCAUCUGCGGUGCCAAGCCUCCAGGACCUCCCUCCCACCGUUCGCGGCGCGCCGCCGCCCGUCCCGAAGCUCCCGCUCACAGACAUCAGGAGUAACCUUGAGAAGAUGAUCGCGUCCUUGAACCGACGAGGACCUGAAGAAGCGGUGCCGGCCAUGGGCAACCUUGUGGGAGAAAUGCAAGGUCUUCUGGCCAAGGUUGACAAGAUGCUGCAGGGUCGUUCUGCUACCGGCCGUCAUCACCAUUAGGCUCAGCUCAGCAAGUCAGCAAUCAGCACCCGGCACUCCAGAAGCAUGUAUGGUUGCCGUGCAUCUCUGCCUGACCACCCCUUGCUAGGUUCUUGUACUGACCCCUGUUCUUUCUAGCUGCUGAUCGUCAGUCUUUGGUAGUUGUAGUGUAGAUCCUGAGGUCCAUUUCAGCAGCUGCAAUACUAGUUGUCAUCAUCUCAUUUAGUCGUGUAAAUGGUAAAACUGCUGCACGCAUCGCUGCUCCAUUUAGUGGUAACUUGUACUAGAC